UGCUUUUCUUCCAACAGGCGAUUCCUCAAACCCUUGCUGUGCCUCCUUGAUUCAGAACCACGCUAGUUAAAGGCUUCCAAACUCAGAUUUCAAAGGAAUACUCUGACUGUUCCAGCUGUUGUACAAAAUAAUUGGGACCAGCUGGAUGUCAGGAUGCAAGUGGUUACAAUUAUAAUACUACUUUUCUUUUGUAAAGCAGCUGACUUUAGGAAGACAAGAAAUGGAAGUUCAAGAAACAAAGCAAAUAAUGGAAAGUCAAACGGCUUAAGAAGAGCAUCCGGCACUGUCAAGCGCUACACCCCAGGCCCCCCAUGUGAUGUGUACACCUAUCUUCAUGACAAAUACUUAGAUUGCCAAGAAAGGAAACUGACAUUUGUGUUGUCUGAUUGGCCUGAAGAUUUAAAACACAUGCUCCUAGCAAGAAACAGAAUUCGCAAGCUGAAGAACAACAUGUUUUCCAAGUUCACAAAAUUAAAAAGUCUAGAUUUGCAACAGAAUGAGAUAUCAAAAAUUGAGGAUGAAGCUUUUUUUGGUUUAAAUAAACUCACUACACUUUUACUGCAGCACAAUAAGUUGAAAAUCCUGUCUGAGGAGGUGUUUAUUUACAUGCCUCUUUUAAUUUAUUUACGCCUGUAUGAUAAUCCGUGGGACUGCAACUGUCAGGUAGAAACUCUUGUAACGAUGCUGCAGCUUCCAAGAAACAGGAACUUGGGAAAUUAUGCUAAAUGUGUACACCCAACAAAACUAAAAGGUCAAAAGCUCAAGCAAGUAAACUCAGAGCAGCUGUGCACUGAAGGAGAAAGACCAGACCCUCCUAUUCCAAAACCUAAACCCAUCAGACCCGAAUUUGACUCUUCUCUCUGCCACAUUUACAUGUUUCCUGUACGGACACUGGACUGCAGAAAAAAAGAAUUAAAGAAAGUUCCCGGUAACAUCCCUCCAGAUGUAGUUAAACUUGAUCUAUCUAACAAUAAAAUCAACCAGCUACGACCCAAGGAAUUUGAAGACAUGAAUGACCUGAAGGUAUUAAACCUCAGUAGUAAUGGAAUAGUUCACAUAGACCCAGCUGCAUUUGCCGGACUCAUGAACCUGGAAGAAUUGGAUUUAUCAAACAACUCCCUGCAAAAUUUCGAAUAUGGAGUAUUAGAAGAUUUGUACUUUUUGAAAAUACUGUGGCUUAGAGAAAAUCCUUGGAGAUGUGACUACAACAUUCAUUAUCUUUUCUACUGGUUGAAGCACCACUACAGUGUUCACUACCAUGGUUUAGAAUGUAGAAAACCUGAGGAAUUCAAAGGCUGGUUUGUUGGGAAAUAUGUCAGGAGCUAUUAUGAAGAGUGUCCCAAAGAUAAACUCCCUAUUUACCCAGAAACAUUUGAACAGGAUACUGAUGAUGAAGAAUGGGAAAAGCACAAAGAAUAUCCAGUUCAAACAGGAAAGAAACAUGGAGUAAUUGUCACUGUAAUAGGUUAAUUUGAUCACUGCCACAUUCAAUCCUUUAAUAUUUUUGUAAGAAAAAAAUGGUAGUUUAUAUUUUUGUUAAAUGCAGUGUAUGUUCAUGAGGGAUUAUCUGUUAAAAUAUUUUUGGUACUAAUCACAUGAUGACAUUACCUGUUUCCUUAUAAACUUACUCUUUUUAA